AUGUCCAUCUUCGACCUACUGACUUGUAUCUCUGAUCACCCAGCUCCUCGUCUGCCUAGCUUUUGCUUUUCUGAUCAACUGCUCUACUUUGUGCAUUCCUGUUUGGCUCGGGAACCCGCCGAUCGGCUGAGCCUCGACUGCCUCGCCCAACAUGCUUUCCUUAACAAUGAUAUGCUUGAUUCCGGCUGGUCGGAACAAGGAAGCAUUGGUAGCCAGACCCUCAUCCAGGCCAGCAACAAUCUAGGCGAAAGCCAGAGUGAUGAGACCGGAGUCAACAUCACCAGCGGUUCGUCAGCCGAGCUGGAGCAGCAAGUGAGUGUCUUCUGCCCCCUAGUCAUCACCCGUUUGUCUUCCGUAGAUAAGCUCUUAUAUCUGAUCCGGAAGCUUGUUUAA